AUGGUAUCGCUGAACAAACUGAUGUCAGUUGACGAGCAUGGUGUCAAUUUCGAAAGCCCUCAUACUGCUGAGCAGAUGUCCUUACCGCCGGAAAUGAGCAUCGAGAUACAACAGGCCCUCGGCGCUGAUAUCAUGAUGCAGCUGGAUCAUGUCAUUCAUGUACUCACCACGGGGGAAAUUGUUGAAGAAGCUAUGGAGAGAAGCAUAAGAUGGCUAGACCGCUGCGAGAAGGCUCAUACGCGUACGGAUCAAGCGCUCUUCCCGAUUGUGCAAGGUGGUUUGGAUCUCGAGUUGCGGAAAAGAUGCGUUGAAGAAAUGGCAAAGCGAGCAAAGGUUUGGGAUAUAUCAGUUCAAUUUUUCAAAAUGACUGGAAGCUUAGAGACUGGAUGCUUUGCUGCAUACCUAGCUUAG